GGCUGCCCUGCCAUUGACACGCCCGUUGUCAUGAACAUUAACAAAACUUGUUGCGAAUGUCGAAGUAUUUCGGUCAGGCUUUAGAAAAAUGUAUGGUUGAAAAUAGCACGAGAAAAUAAUUUGGAACGAGUUUUACAUUAAAAUUUAUCGAAUAAAUUCCGAAUUCCCCUCUAGCCUUUAAAUGUAAUGUAGUCGACAACAGCUGGCGAGCCUAGUCACGGAGUGCGUGGUCGUGUUGAGCCCUGGGCUAUGCUCGCCUCGCAUCACAGCGGCGCGCCGCACCCGUCAGCAGAACGGGAAACAGCGCAGACGGAGUAGGGACGGCGGGCAGGGCCCGCUUUCAUUCGCCGGAGACUACAUUUCGUUCGACGCCGGCGGAAGUAGCACGACAUUUUUGCAUCCAAGUAGCACUUUCGUUUAUUAGUCUGGUAUUAUUAAUUAAUUUCAUCAUGUCGGAAGGAGGGCUGGAAUAUGAAACCAUUAUCCAGGAUGGACCGAAAAAGGCGGAUAUGAGCACUUUCGUAGACACAGAAGCAAUUCAAGCUGCUUACAACGACGUCCGUUCAGACACGAGCGAAACAGAAUGGGCUGUUUUUAAAUUCGACGGAAGCAGAAUUGUGUGCGCUGCUACUGGAAAAGAAUUCGAAAACUUUCGUUCGCUAUUUGGGGAUGAUGAUCGUGCGUUCGGUUAUAUAAGAGUUCAGACUGGUGAUGAAAUGAGCAAGAGACAGAAGUUUCUGUUCCUCACAUGGGUUGGACCUGGAGUAGGUGUAAUCAAACGUGCCAAAAUGAGCACUGAUAAAGCGGUAGUAAAAAACAUUGUGGUGAACUUUGCUGUAGAACUCCAGUUGGAAACUAAAAAUGAUUUUGAUAUGCAAUACUUCAAAGACCAGUUAGCAAGAGCUGGUGGAGCUAAUUAUGGAACGGGGGAGCGGGAUAUGUGAAAAAGUCGGAUGUAAAAUAUAUCGAAUAACGAACGUAUGCUUUCGCCUCGUAACGAAGUGCUUGAUAGUAUUUUACCUUUUCUGUAUUUGAAAGUUCCUAGGAAUCAAAAUUUACUUAAUAACCUUUAUAUAUUUACCUAAAAUGUGAUAUCUUUGAUUUAUUUUCAUGAAUAAAUAAAAUUUGUAAUUAAAAAAUACAUUUUAACUAAUAAAUGUCCUCCGUGAAUCAAUUUCCCAAAAUUUUUAAAUAUAACAAUAAUGUGUGCCAAUGGAUGAUGAUGUUUGACUGACGCAUGGUAAACAAAGUGGCAGGGCAUUGGCCUCGGGCAUGGAAAAAACUGCUUUUACACUCACGAGAAUAAUGAACUCCAUGCGGUCGUUGCGCUUUAUAUUUUGGAGAGUAUCAUUUUGUGUUAUGCGUGAUAUCAUUCGUACACGUUAACUCAUAAGAUCGACCACUUUCACUUGUAUUGUGCACUCUGUACCAGCAAUAAAUGCAACCUUAUCGUGUA